CUCAUAUCAUCACUUCGAUUUCAAUCCUCUGAGAUUGUAGCUAGCCACGCUUCUUCAUCAAUAUGUCGACAAAUGCCCUCCCCCACCUACCUCUCGACUGCGACCGCCGCUAGUUAUAAAUGGGAGCUGACGGUAAGAAGCCAUGGAUUGUGGGAAGCUCUGGCCGAGAGUGUCCGGACUGAAGGUUUGGAUCCACUCCAGAUGCUUGGGUGGAUGAAAACUGCCGAAGAACCUGCUCUUAAGCUUGGAGAUGCAUACACCAUUGUUGUUGUUCCCGGUGACUGUCAAAUAGAUGCAAAGCGCGCUGUUGCAUAUAUAAAGAAGGUGAGCAUUGGAAAACAAUGGAAAGAGUUACUGAAUUACAAUGACAAUAUCGGUUUAAUAUUCCAUCACAAGAGGAUGCGAAGAAGCUUGACAGGGGUGCCAAGAACCGUUACAAUGUGUCGAACACAUCAUAUUACUUCAACAUAUGAGCAUAGGGGCAGAAGUUCCUAUCGUCCGGGUCUUACAUCGAGCAAUGUCUCAGGAAAGUUAUAUGUUGUAAUUACAGUCUCAAAAACAACGGAUGAUGUAUUUUAUAUAUCAAUUCUAGAGUUGGUGCAAACUUGAUUUUUCAUGAAUAGAUAUCAAUAAUUUAAAAGUAAUUGUUCUUUACUGUAGGGCUGACAAAUGGAAUGGCAACAUAUUGGCAUGCGAAGAGACUCUAAAAGUUGUUAAUAAAGGGGAAAAAUGCAUUAUUUGGUUAAAGGAUACGGCAAAUGGUGAAGUCUAUACUCGGGCGUUUCUUAAAGAGGGAGAGCCACAUCCAGUGGAACCCGUGAUCGAUAGCAACAGGUCAAACAAGAGACCAAUAUAUCUUAUAUCUGCUCCAGCUAUUACAGAGCUCCUGAGCUGAUUUUCGCAGCCACAUAAUAUACUACUAGCAUCGGGAUUUGGUGGGUUGGAUGUGUGUUUGCUGAGUUACUUUCCGAACAGGUAGUUAAUGUUAUUGUUGUAGGUUUUUUUUGCCAUUUUCAGAGUAUUACACCUUUGCACAUAAAGCUAUACAGACUUUAUAUUGCUUAUAUAUGUUUUCAUUCCGUUAGCCUUUGUCUUUGCCUUUGCAGCCUUUGUACGGUUAUGUUUCUAUUUUUUGUGAUAUCUAUCGAUUAUGGAACUAUGCUCAUAAAUAUCAUGUGAUUCGCUCGUAUUUUGUUUA